CCAGCCGGAUGUCCCUGCAGCCGCACUCCGGGAGCCUGGAGCAGGGACAAAGGGAGCCUGAGUCGGAGUGCGAGGCAGAGCUGGAGUCCGAGUCGGAGCCUGAGUCUGCGUCGCAGCUGGAGUCGGAGUCGGAGUCGGAGUCGGAGUCGGAGUCGCUCCCCCAGCCUGAGCUGGAUCCUGCUGCUGCUGGCCCCGUGGUUGCCUCUCCCCUCCCUGGACAGCUGCAGGAGAGGAGCCCUGGUGCCAGCCCAGCCCCCGAGCCCGUCCCCGUGGCCGCCCCCUCCAGCCCCAGUCCCGGGAGCAGUCCGCACCUGGUGGUGCCAGACCUCCCAGCAGCUGAGCCUGAGGAGGCUGGGCCCUCAGCAUCGGCCUCUGUCCCGAGCAAGGGCCGGCAGGGGCUGGGCAGGAGGAUUGGCAGGAGCAUCCUCGGAUUCCUCCUGCGUGCCUGCUGCCUGCCGGCCCCAGCCCGCGGCCCUGGCCCCCGCAGCCGAAAGGUGGCCCCCAGCUAGCCUGCCUCAGUGACAAGCUGACCUGCCUCAGGGCUCGCAUUUGCUUGAGACUUUGCUGUGCUUCUCCCCAAUAAAAGUCUUCACUGUACGCA